GUCGCGGUCGAGUGAAACACGAUUCGCUGUUCAUCGUCGUUCGGGAUGCUGCGAACCUCUUUGUUGCUCGUUGCUUUCUCGCUUGCGUCUUAUGAGUGCGCGACCUCCUCCGAUGGGAGUGACACAGGUAAUCCUAGUGGAUUGCGCGACUGGGUAAGGAACAUGAAAGGCAGGAUGUCCAACAGGGAGUCCAAUCGUGGUCUCAUGGGAUCCUUCGAUCUGAAUAACCUACCGAAGAUGAAGCUCCCGUCGACCAUGAUAUCUCGGAUAACUGGCGAACGGAAGUUCCAGCCUGUGAACUUGGCGAACGUCAAGUUCGAUCCGUCGAUGGACCGGGCUUACCGUAUGGGCAACUGGUACGUGAUCCGACGUCGCAGUUCGAACAAAGAUGACAGCGCUGACGAUUGGGAAGAGUUCUUCGGCAAGAGCAGUGACAAGUGGGAAGUGGUGAACAACGGGGUACAGCGGGUCGACGACACUGGCGCUAAAUGUCUACUUUGGCAACCAACGGCAUCGACGAGUAAGACGGAGAGCGACGAAGCGGAAGAAUUGUCCGCGGAGGUGAUCAACUCUGCGUUGCUAAGGGAAUAGAAGAUCAGGAUACGGCUUUGUAACUGUUGAGCACAACUGGAUGCUGAGUUUAAAUAUAAGAUUAGAUUUUCCAAGAGAUUGUUUUUCCGUAAUAAAAAUUUGCUGAUAAUUUAGAUGGGAAUUGAUUUCUUAUUGGUUGAUCUAACGACGUGCAUGCAAAUUCUUUCAGAACCUGUGAUAUACCUACACUGUCUUGCGUAAUCGUAAUCAAUUGUGGGACAAUUCAAAAACACGAAGUGGUUCAAACAAACUGCGAUAGCGGAGAAUCAACUUACUGAGAGAAAUUUCCACAUGGCGAAACUGUUGUUAUAAUGCAUGUAGCGAAAAAACUUAUUGUGGAUUUGAAUAAUUGAAUAUACUUCAGUUGGGCGAUCGUUACAAACUUUUGCGAUUGUGGAAUAAAAUCGAUGGCGAAUGAUUAAUCUACUAAUAAAUAAAUGAAAUAAGAAAGAUACGAUCGAUUUUCCGAGGUCGUUCAACCGUAUAGUCGCUGUAACGAUGCCUUUGGAGUUGAAUAACGCAAAACACUGGUAGUGCAGGAAAAAUGAUAAAGCACACCCUUUGUUGUUGACGAUAUCAUGCGUGGGUGGAUAUUUUUCUUAGACGUUUUCCUUACGGCGGUCGGUAAUUGAUUCAAGUUACCAUAUGUAGGAAACUGCUGAUUUUGUUGCUCUAUGAGUUAUGAAAUAAAUUAUAGCACACUUGAUUUGUUCACUUUGUUUCUAAAGAAUUGUUAUGUCGACAUAAUGAAAAAUUGAUUUAGCAUAAUAAAAUAUAAAAUAUCAUAAAUAAUUUGGAAUUUGAAAAUUUUCAAAUAACACGUAUCAUCAAAAGAACUUUCAGUGGGAUCAAUGUUGUAAUAAUUGAAUGUAAAUUUCAUAUAAGCACUGUUGAAAAAUAU